AUGCCGGUUACCGCCGACCUCGCACGGCCUCCGCUCCUUACUCGGCUUCAGCUCGCCCUUCCUUUCCGAACGGAAGUGCCGGGUUCCCGGAACCCCAGCGGGGAGGCGUCGGCGUACCGUUCCGCGCCGCCGAACCCCCCUCCGCGGCCCGCGUGUGAAAGUGAUAAUCCAAAAUGUAUUCGAAGCCAAAAUCUUAAACACUAUUCAGAUUCGAGACACACUUUCAAGAACAAGGAUGUUAAACUGUUUUUAAUUCGAGUUUUUGCCAAGCCACCGUUUCAAGAGGCUAAGCUCAAAGUAAUAAGAAAAAUUAUUCGCAGACCAAACGGUUUGGGCAAACUCGAGAAUAAGCAAUUGCUGGGUAACUGGAAAAGCAAUGCCCAAGGGAUUUUUUCUCUUUUUCUUUACAGUCCAGUUGGUGUUGGUCAUUCUGGGUUGAUAUUCUCAGUGUGUUCCAUGGGCAACGGCACGAGCAGACUCUAUAGCGCUCUUGCCAAGACACUGAACAGCAGCGCUGCCUCCCAGCACGCAGAGUACUUGGUGUCACCUGACCCAGAACAUCUGGAGCCCAUUGAUCCUAAAGAGCUCCUUGAGGAAUGCAGGGCAGUCCUGCACACUCGACCUCCCCGGUACCAGCGUGACUUUGUGGAUCUGAGGACAGACUGCCCCAGCAGCCAUCCACCUGUUAGGGUCAUGCAGUGGAACAUCCUCGCCCAAGCUCUUGGAGAAGGCAAAGACAACUUUGUACAAUGCCCUGUUGAAGCACUCAAGUGGGAAGAAAGGAAAUGUCUCAUCCUGGAAGAAAUCUUAGCCUACCAGCCUGAUAUAUUGUGCCUCCAAGAGGUGGACCACUAUUUUGACACCUUCCAGCCACUCCUCAGUAGACUGGGCUAUCAAGGCACGUUUUUCCCCAAGCCCUGGUCACCUUGUCUAGACGUAGAACAUAACAAUGGACCAGAUGGCUGUGCCUUGUUUUUUCUCCAAAACCGAUUUAAGCUGGUCCACAGUGCCAAUAUUAGGCUGACGGCCAUGACACUGAAAACCAAUCAGGUGGCCAUUGCACAGACCCUAGAGUGCAAGGAGUCCGGUCGACAGUUCUGCAUCGCUGUCACCCACUUGAAAGCACGUACCGGCUGGGAGCAAUUUCGAUCAGCCCAAGGCUGUGACCUCCUCCAGAACCUGCAGAACAUCACCCAAGGAGCUAAGCUUCCCCUUAUUGUCUGUGGGGACUUCAAUGCAGAGCCAACAGAGGAGGUCUACAAACACUUCGCUUCCUCCAGCCUCAACCUGAACAGCGCCUACAAGCUGCUGAGUGCUGAUGGGCAGUCGGAGCCUCCGUACACGACCUGGAAGAUCCGGACCUCAGGGGAGUGCCGGCACACCCUGGACUACAUCUGGUACUCUAAACACGCACUGAGUGUGAGGUCAGCUCUGGAUCUGCUCACCGAAGAACAGAUUGGACCCAACCGGCUACCAUCCUUCAAUUAUCCUUCAGACCACCUGUCUCUAGUGUGUGACUUCAGCUUUAAUGAGGAACCUGAUGGACUUUUGUAAAAACUCACCUGUGUCUUUUCAAACACAAGAGUCUUAACCAGGGAUGUUUCAGGGAACCGAAAUAAGAUGCGCUGCCGAGGCCGGUUCCCGCUUCCCGCUUCCCAGCAUGCCCUUGGAGGGAAUCCUGUUAGUCCACAAGCCUUUUCCAUUAAAACCUACAGCGAAAAAGGUGUUUGCACUCCAGUUUUGGCUUGUAUUGUUUUCUUCCCCUUAGCAUUACAGUUUGGUCAUUUAAGGACAUUAAAUUAGGCUUGUUUUGAAGUUUUUUCAGUUUGCUGAUGCUGUAUAAAAAGACUCGCCUGAGUUCUCCAUGAUUAACCAUAAGUAAGUAGGGACAAUUUCGCUACAGUAUUUCAAGUUACUUAUUUGUGGGUUUUUUAAAUGUCAAUAGGAUGCAUGGCAAUAUUUAUUUUUAUAUCCUUGUGUAAAAUUAAAUUAUAGCAUUAUGAAAUGAACAUUUUAAAACCAUGCAAACAUAAAUUAUAAAGUAAUUUAUCGUAAUUUUCUUAAAGCUUUAAGAUGUCUUAUUUGGGGUCUAACAAAAUAGUAGUAUACAAAGGAACUAUUUAGCCUGGAGGGGCUUUUGGGUUAUUUUUUAGGUGGAAAUACCAGGUCUUCUUGAUAUGCUCUUCAUAAAUAAUUCUUGCUGAGCCUUUAUGUUCCCCAUUAUUGUAUUGCCUAAAGAGAUUCCACGGCCAGCCUUCAUUAUUUAAUCACUGCUGCGCAUUUAUAGUUCCCCAUUGAAAUGCUAUUGGUAUACAUUUGAGGUCACUCAAUGUCAUUAUUUGUAUUGGAAUGUGCUUUUCACAACAGGUUUUUUUAGGAGCUGUUAGGUGGCACGGGCUAAGAAAGUCGGUAGGAUCUUUUCAGAGACGUGAAACUAGAAAGCCUGUUCGUGAGGUUGUCGUUGAAAUUUCCUAAAAUAGCAAGGUGACUGGUUCAGAAGGUCUAGAAAGAAUGUAAAAAGAAAGAUAACCUAGAAUUCUCUUCCAUCAGAAAAAAAAGUGGUAAAGAUAACAGGUAAAGCCCCCUUCCCAACAAAAUCCCAACAAAUAAUCUAUUAAUUGAUGUUUUAAUCCAGGAGGUGUAUAUAUUUAAAAUUAAUAAAUGGUCUUUUCAAACUAUA